AUGCAACAUUUGAUUAAUAUAAAUGCGACAAAAACAAAAAAACGUCAAGAAAUUGAAUCAUUAACAAAGAAACAUUGGAAAGAGGAAAAUAACCAUCAAUGGGAUCGACCACUCGAAUUUGUCUUAUCGCUGAUUUCGAAUUCAGUUGGUCUUGGAAAUGUCUGGCGAUUUCCCUAUUUAGCAGCGCAGAGCGGUGGUGGUGCUUUUCUCAUUCCUUAUUUUCUUCUUUACUUUUUAAUCGGAGCUCCACUCUAUUAUAUGGAAUUAGCUCUUGGCCAAUUUACAAGUCGAGGUCCAGCUUCAGGAUUUGUUUUUGCUAAAGGAUGGCAAGGUGUAGGCUUUGCUAUGAUUAUUAAUAGUAUAUUGGGUACUUUAUACUACAAUGUUAUAAUUGCUUGGGCUCUCUUCUACUUUAUUCUUUCGUUUCGCAAAACACUCUUGUGGAGUGAUUGUGGUCAUUGGUGGAAUACAGAUAAAUGUUUUGUACCCGGUGCUCAAGAAAAUACUUUAGGAGGAAAUAAUACAGGAUUAAAUUGUACAAUGGCACUGAUUGGUAAUUUAUCCGAUGAUGGAUGUCAAGAAGUCAACACCACGGGAAAAGUGGCAGCCACUGAAGAAUUCUUUUAUCGACUUCUUUUGAAUAAAAGUGCAAGUUUUGACGAAUUCGGUGUUCCGGGUACUUACAUGUCUAUUUUAUUGCUCGGAUCUUGGAUUAUUAUUUGUUUGUGCAUUUUUCGUGGUGUUCAAUCAUCGGGAAAAGUUGCAUAUUUCACGGCUAUAUUUCCAUAUAUUGUUCUUCUUGUACUUAUUAUUUUUACUGCAACACUCGAAGGAGCUGGUAAAGGUAUUCGAUUCUAUAUAGUACCACGAUGGGAACUAAUCGGUGAUUUCCAGGUAAAAUAA